AUGGCAAUCAACCAAUCCAAUUUCCAACAAGCUACACAAGCUACCAUCUCCAAAUUGGAAGUCCAAUUAGGUCAAAUAGCUGUUGAAAUAACUCAAAGAGAGCUUGGGAAACGGGCAAUCCAAACUGUGAUCAAUCCAAAGAACCAAGAAGCCAAGGCCAUUCAUUUGCUCAAAUCAUCUAAGAUUGUUGAUAACAAAGUUAGUUCUAAUAUUUCAAAUGAUGUUGUGGUUGUAAAGGAUGAGCAUGAAGAGGAGGAGACCACGGCUACGGAAGGAGAACAACCCAAACUUCUCAAUCUGCUCCUAAAGCCAAAUCAGAUUCUCAAGAACCCAAACGAUUCCAAUUGCAUAAAAGGGAUGACAAAUUCGUGGCACCACACCUUCAAGAAGAUAGAUACGUGCCACCCGCUUCAUAUGUUCCACCAAUUCCAUUUACAGAGCGUCUUAAGAAAGCAAAGCAAGAUAAGGCUUUUAAAGAGAUUUAUUCCUACAUAUGGAAAGUUCAUUAAGAACUUGAAAAAUCACAAGCUCAAUUUUUCUCCAAAUGAAGAUGUAAAGCUCAACAAGAAUGUAAGUGCUAUGUUGCAAAGGAAGCUUCCACCAAAACUAGAAGAUUAUGGUAGCUUUGACAUUCCCAUUAACAUUGGAGACAAGAAAGUUGGAAGAGCCAUGUUGGACUUGGGAGCAAGCAUUAAUCUAAUGACAUAUUUAGUUUAUCAAAAUCUUGUCUUAGAAAGGAUGAAGAAGACUUCAGUGUGA